CGAUGGGCUGAAGCUGCUGUAAAGUCAAGCAGUAAAAACGUGGCGAGAUGGUGAAACUCAGUAAAACAUGGAAACUUAGAUUGCAGCGGCUUUUCAAUCUGUUCAGAGCUUUAAUAUCAGAAAUCUCUCUACAACAGAGAUGUAAAUAUAGUAUUACUCAUACAGCAUCCUGACAAACACACAAACAAACAGUCACCACUGUAAAUACACAGAUCAGGCAAGAGGCUGCUAGUUGUGGUAGUAAUGAUAAAUUGAUAAAUAAAUUAAAUACUUAAUAAACAAAUUAAUUUUAUUUUAAUUUAAAUAAAGUUCACGGGUCUUUGGAGCUUCUCUGUUAUAAUUUGUUCGUUAUUUUUUAUUCAGUCUGUUUUCUUCGUCUCCAUGGAUCAGCUUCAUUCAAUAUUAACACAUUCGGUGUCAACUUGACACCUUCGUUCUCUCUAUCUCUCUCUAUCUCUCUCUCUCUCUCUCUCUCUCUCUCUCUCUCUCUCUCUCUCUCUCACACACACACACACACACACACACACACACGAGCGCGUUAGAAUGAUGUAGUUUGGUGUGUGUGUGUGUUUCUGCUGAUGGAGAGAGAGACGGGGACCCGCACGGAGCGCAGGGUUCGGUUCCGCGUGGCGUCCGCGCGCUCCGGCCGCGUGCUGGCGGAGGUUUUUCGGGAGGAGGCGUUUGAGGACCCGGCGGACUCGGACACCACCGGCAGCUCCGAGCCCGAGCGCGCGGCCUCGCCCGCCGCCAGCGAGGCCAACAGCCACCUGAGCGUCCCGGCGGGAGCGCGCGCGGACGACAGCGGGAGCGAGCCUGACGAGCUGCUUCUGUACGCGAGCGGAGCGAAGGAGAGCCUGUUCAGCGGGAAGCGCGUGACCAUCCGCAGCAAGAACGGCACAGUGCGCGGAGUGAGGGACAAAGUGAGCGCGGGACAGAUGCUCUUCAACUCGCUGGCCCGAGUGUACGGGGGCUCUCGACAUGGACCCAAGCCAAAGAGACCAUGAAUCUCUGCUUGCCAAGAACUUUAGAGCAGGGCAAAGCUGAACAAAGGGUCACACCUGUAAUGAGUGGAUGAUGGGCCUCAGGGACCUAUGAUGAGAAGAGGCCAAGGACUAUUUGGGUCAGUUGUUUUGAACACAAUGUUUUGGGAAUGCUGGAUCUUCUUAAAUAGAAAAUAUUAAAAUCUAAGAGAAAAAGAACAAGACACUUUUAUAAAUAAAGGAAUUCCAUUACAGGAAUGUGGGGUGAUGUAGUGGGCCGAAGUGAAUAUACAUGAUGAUCAUAUUUUCAUGUCUGUUUACAGUUAACUAAUUGAACUGUCUAUUGAACCGAUACAAACCCAUCUUUAACAGCCAUGAUUUCAUGUUUUUUAAAGCCUUACACACACUGUAUAUUUAUAGGUUAAUAUAAAUAUGUAAAUAUGCCCUUUGUAUCAAUAUUCCUUUUUCAUCAUAUUUAAAAAAACAACCACUGAAAGAAUAACAACAAUGUUCAGAUACAAUUGGCUGUUCAGUUUUGUAUGUUGCUGUCAAUCUCUAGUUAUAUUAUGUAUCUUGCAUCUUUGGUGACUGAAGGCAGUGUGUGUUGUAUUUUUGUUGCUUUUUAUGAAGUGAGCCAGUUUUUUUUUGAAUGAAACUCUAAAUACUUUUUAUUUUCUG